ACAGGGACUCUUUCCCCCACUUCAUUGCUUCCUCCCCUGCUCUCGUCACUCCGAGGAGGCCAAUGGCCUACGCCGACGAGAAGCCCUCUCUCAAAUCGGACCACGACGUAGACCCGAUCGCUUCGAUCUCCCGCUCCUGCCAAUCCUUCGGUGCUGGGGAUGCCGAGAGAAUCGAGAGCCAGUUCGCAGUCUUCACAGUCGCUGAUGAGCUACCCAAGCCUUCGGGGUGGGACGAUGGCCCCGUCCUCGGUUUCUCCGGCGGCGAUGAGAUCACCGGCGAUAAAGUUCCGGUGCCGGCGAGGCCCGAUUCGAGGCCUCGGUUUCCGCGGCGUCCGCAGGAACCGGAUUGUGCUUACUACUUGAAGUUCGGGACUUGCCGCUUCGGGAUGAAGUGCAAGUUCAACCACCCGGCGCGAAAGAAGAAGAAUAGGGUGAAAUCGAGUGGAAGUAGCGGCAGCGGGAGCAACAGCAGCAUUAAUAAAGCUUCUUCACCCGAUGGUGAUCAGACUCCUAGAGAAGAAUAUGAAGAUCUUGUUCCAGAUAUAUCAGCUCAAGUAGAUACGUUGGGCUUUGUUGACAAGGAGAAUACAUCUUACUUAGGAAACCUUAAGAAGACAUCAUAUGAGAUUCUGAAGGUUGCCAAGGAGAACAGAAAGGAAACUGCUUCAGAAGGUAGUGCUCGGGAGGAAUGUAAGUAUUAUUCAAUGCCUGGAGGAUGCAAAUUUGGGAAAUCUUGCAAAUACAUACAUUGUGAAGCGAAAGAAAGGAAAACAGAAGCUGAAAAUGCUGACCUGAAUUUUCUAGGUCUUCCACUCCGUCCAGGAGCAAAAGAGUGUCCUUACUAUAUGCGCACUGGAAGCUGCAAAUUUGCCACUAAUUGCAGGUUUCACCAUCCAGAUCCUACUAAUGUUGCUUCAACAGAUUCAAUGUUGGAGCAUGAGAAUGGGGAUAUUCCACAGAAAAAUAUUCAAGGAUCCUCUCAGCUUAAUGUUUCAAUAUGGCAUGCUGACCAGAGGGCAUUGAAUGAGCACCAUGCUCCUUUUUUAGCUCCAGCACCGUCAUACAGCAUGGGAAUGAUUCCACCUCAAGGAAUGUAUCCGUCUCCAGAAUGGAGUGGGUAUCAUCAGGUCCCAUUGGGCCCGUAUUACCCUCCUGGUAUCUCUUUUCAUCCUUUUCCAGCUCCUCCUGUUAAUCAUCCUAUGUACAGGGGAGCAGAUGUACUUGGACAUCAGCAAGUUCCUUCCGAUGAAUACCCUGAGAGACCUGGCCAACCUGAAUGUCAACAUUUUGUUAAAAGUGGGUUUUGCAAGUUCAGGGGAAAGUGCAAGUAUCACCAUCCAAGCUUACUUGUGCCUCCACAACCAGCAGGAGCUCUUAGCCCUCUCGGCCUGCCACUCAAACCUGACCAUCCUGUCUGCACAUACUAUGAACGCUAUGGAGUCUGCAAGUUUGGUCCAGCUUGCAUGUACAAUCACCCCUUCAAUUUUGGCCAUCCUUUACCGGCAGUAGCGCCACCUCUCUCCGCCCAAUACCUCACUUCAGGAAACAACACGGUCUAGCAAGCACGGACGAUAAUUUUCGGCAGUUGGCAUGAUGCUUGAAAUAAACUACCACUUGUAAAAUAGCGCAGUUGAAAGAGAGUGUACAAAUGGAGGCCAAGCUACAUGUAGCUCUUUAUUUUCAAAAAUUCGGAAAUCAUCUUUUAAGUUUUAAAAAAAUUUGAAAAAAAAUCCUGGAUGUAGCCAAGAUGGAAUCUACAAACAUGCAAAAUUUAAUUUGAAAUUCUUAGUACUUCAGACUACUAAAAAAUGACAAAUGUGUGGAUCUGAGAAUAGUGAAUAGUGCACAUUUCAAAACUAUAAAACCUGUCAGUUUUUUUUUUUCAUUUUUGUGUAGUCUACAAUACAAAGAAUUUCACAUUGAGAUUUUACACGUUUGUAGAUUUCAUCAUUGUCUAUAUCUAGGAUUUUUUUCAGAUUUUUUUAAAACUUAAAAUUAAAAUUUCUAAAUUUUUAAAAAUAAUGGGCUACAUGUAGCUCGGCCUCCGUUUGCGUGAAAAUUGCGAGUGGGCUUUACAUGUUGAUCGUAGAGGUCUGGCUCACAAGUUGCAACGAAGUUGCAUGAAGCUGGAUACUUCGCCGCUGUUAUUCUUAUUUUUUUUUGAGGAAACCAACUGACUUACUACUA